AUGCAGCCCGAAAGCAGCCGACGGUGGGCCGACAUGACAGACGACGACGAUCAGGCGACCGGCUGGGACUUCGAAGCGUUCAAGAAGGACUACCUGGCGAGGAGAUGCCUGGAAAACCUCCCCGACAACCGCACCUCGACGGGACACGACCCCGCCCUCCGGCGCGAAGCCAAGAACACGCCGACGGAAGAAGGCAUCACGGCCCCCAAAAAGCCACUGCCGCGCCAGCCACGAUGGACGGCCGACGACGAGAGAGCCCUGGAUCGUGCUUUCCAGCGAGCAGAGGCACCGGAGAGAAUGCCGCUGAACCAUCUCACGAAGGACCGGCCGCGCGACGAGGGGGGGGCCGAGACGGACUCCGACCACGACACGGAGCCCGGACCCAGCGUCGAGGAGCACUUUCGGGGCAAGCUGGCCAUCAAGAAGAUGUCAGGCGACGGCAACUGCCUCUUCCACGCGCUCGGAGAGAACACCGGCGAGAGAGGGGCAUGCCUCCGAGCCCUAAUCAUCCAGUACCUCAGAGAGAACGCAGAAGCCGAAGAAGACGAAGAGCAAGUGCAGGCCUGGCUACAGGAAAGCCAAUACCUCCAAAGCGAUCCGGGUCACUGGGGCGGCGACACGGCCAUCAUCGCUUUCCCCCGCAUGAGGCAGCAGCGAGUCCUUUUGCACUGGCGGACGCCAAACGGCGACAUCCUCACGAGCGAGCGCACGCACUCGGACGUGGACGAAGCAGCCCCACGCGGGCCGCACGCAGCACCGAACGCCACGGAAGUGAUCCAUCUCUGGUACAACGGCAGGGACCACUACGACCUGCUGGUGCCCAUA